AUGGUAGAGCGUCUGCCUGUGGGCCUGCUGCUACCGCUGCUGCUGAGGAAUGUUAGAGGUCUGCACGGGAGUGAUUUCUUCAUCCCGCUCCCGCCCACACCUGCAGCUUUUCAUUCUGCCCUCGCCCACACCCGCUGCUUUUCAUACUGCACCCACCCACACCCGCUGCUUUUCAUACUGCACCCACCCACACCCGCUGCUUUUCAUACUGCCCCCGCCCACACCCGCUGCUUUUCAUACUGCCCCCGCCCACACCCGCAGCUUUUCAUACUGCACCCACCCACACCCGUUGCUUUUCAUACUGCACCCACCCACACCCGCUGCUUUUCAUACUGCCCCCAGCCACACCCGCAGCUUUUCAUACUGCCCCCGCCCACACCCGCUGCUUUUCAUACUGCACCCACCCACACCCGCUGCUUUUCAUACUGCACCCACCCACACCCGCUGCUUUUCAUACUGCCCCCGCCCACACCCGCAGCUUUUCAUACUGCACCCACCCACGCCCGCUGCUUUUCAUACUGCACCCACCCACGCCCGCUGCUUUUCAUACUGCCCCCGCCCACACCCGCUGCUUUUCAUACUGCACCCACCCACACCCUCAGCUUUUCAUACUGCACCCGCCCACACCCGCUGCUUUUCAUACUGCACCCGCCCACACCCGCUGCUUUUCAUACUGCCCCCGCCCACACCCGCAGCUUUUCAUACUGCACCCGCCCACACCCGCAGCUUUUCAUACUGCACCCGCCCACACCCUCAGCUUUUCAUACUGCACCCGCCCCACACCCUCAGCUUUUCAUACUGCACCCGCCCCACACCCUCAGCUUUUCAUACUGCACCCGCCCACACCCUCAGCUUUUCAUACUGCCCCCGCCCACACCCGCUGCUUUUCAUACUGCACCCGCCCACACCCGCUGCUUUUCAUACUGCACCCGCCCACACCCGCUGCUUUUCAUACUGCCCCCGCCCACACCCGCAGCUUUUCAUACUGCACCCACCCACGCCCGCUGCUUUUCAUACUGCACCCACCCACGCCCGCUGCUUUUCAUACUGCCCCCGCCCACGCCCGCUGCUUUUCAUACUGCACCCACCCACACCCUCAGCUUUUCAUACUGCACCCGCCCACACCCGCUGCUUUUCAUACUGCACCCACCCACACCCGCUGCUUUUCAUACUGCCCCCGCCCACACCCGCAGCUUUUCAUACUGCACCCGCCCACACCCGCUGCUUUUCAUACUGCACCCGCCCACACCCUCAGCUUUUCAUACUGCACCCGCCCCACACCCUCAGCUUUUCAUACUGCACCCGCCCCACACCCUCAGCUUUUCAUACUGCACCCGCCCCACACCCGCAGCUUUUCAUACUGCACCCGCCCACACCCGCAGCUUUUCAUACUGCACCCGCCCCACACCCGCUGGCUAUCUGUCCGACUCCCACCCGCUACUGCAAAAAACUGGUCCCAAACCCAACCACAGUCCAGCAAUGCUAUUUUAA